AUAUACGUGAUAAAGAAAAAUAUGUUCCAUGAUUAAAUCCAUUUUCUACAAGUUUGACAGAUGAUCAACUGUCAGUUUUUAGAAACCUCGGAAAGGUAACAUAUUACUGAGUAAUUUACAAUGGAAGCAGUACCGAGGUUGCCGAUGAUAUCGUUUCAAUUAAAAGUUAGCCCAGAGCCUACUACGUUUGGACCAAAGUUAAAGCAGUAUAUAUGUGAUUUUUAUAAUAAAGAUCCAGCAACAUUUACACACGAGAUACAUCAAUUAGAAAGCUUACGUGCAGUAGCUGUACGACCACCCAUUGAUGUAGCUGGUUGUUCAUUGUUGAAAAGAUAUUAUUGUCAAUUGCAUUUUCUUCAUAGUAGAUUUCCAAUGGGAAAAGAUGGUAUAGCAGCGGUCACAUUCACAUGGAGAGAUACAUAUGCAAACAUGGUUUGCUCAUUGGCAAAUAUUCGCUUUGAAAUAAUUUCUAUCUUGUAUAAUAUUGGUGCAAUGCAUACUCAGUUGGGAGCACUUACAGAAAGAACAUCAGCUGAUGGGAUGAAGAUGGCUUGUGCUCAUUUUCAAUGCGCAGCAUGGGCGUUUGAGCAUUUAAAAAAUAGUUACCCACAGCCAUCUGGUGUAGAUUUAGCUCCAGAACUUAUGACAUUUAUGCACCAGCUUUGCUUAGCCCAAGCUCAAGAAUGUAUAUUAGAAAAAAGUAUGCUUGAUAAUCGUAAACCCACAAUCGUAGCAAAAGUUGCGAGACAGAUAGUGGACUAUUUCAAUCUGGCAUUAACUACACUUGAACAAGGUGGAAGUGAGGAUGGAACCAUAUCAGAUACCGUUGGAACUAAAAUUUAUAAGAGUUGGAAGCAUUACCUGAAAUUCAAGAAGGCUUAUCAUUUAGCAGUUACAUAUUUAUAUCAAGGAUUAGCUGCUGAGGAGCAAAGAAAGAUGGGAGAAAGGGUAGCAUUUUAUAAUGCUGCAUUAGCUUCUUUAAAUGAAGCACAAUUAAUUUAUUCAAAUAUUCCUGGAGAAAAAGCAACUAUAGAAGAGGCACUUACAUUUACAAAUGACGUGAUAGAAGGGAAACGUAAAGCAGCUAAAAAUGAAAAUGAGUACAUAUAUCACGAGGAAGUACCAGAAAAAGAAACAUUACCUACAGUAAAGGGAGCUCCUUUAGUUAAAGGAAUAUCUUUUAGCAUCAAUGAUCCCGAAGUUUCAGGUCCUGAUAUAUUUGCCAGGUUAAUACCAAUGAAAGUGCAUGAAGCAAGUUCUUUGUAUUCGGAAGAAAAAGCGAAAAUAUUACGUUCCGUUGGUAGCAAAAUUGAAGAGAGAGAUCAGCAACUCAAUACCUACUUAACGUCCUUAAAAUUGGAACAUAUGAGUUUAUGGGAUCCCGACGCUCAAACAACGGAAUGGGAGCGGUUACCUCUUCCUGAUGAACUGGUUGAAAGAUGCGCAGCACUAAAUGCAAAGCAACACAUUAUUCAAGAGUUACUCGAUAUAAUGGGAAAAUUAUCAGAUACUAGCCAAGAUGUUGAAAAAAUAUUGAAAGAAAUUAAGAAACUUCUUCUUGAUGAAGAACAAAAAGAAAAAGAAUAUCAAGAUACGGUUGGAAAGAGACCUCCGUCGAUAGUUGCCACUGAUUUAACCAGAGAAGCUAAGAAAUAUGAAGAAGCUCAUAAUAAAGCUUCAGAAAGUAAUCAUGCUCUUCAUAAAGCAGUAACAAUGCAUGUAAAAAAUUUGAAAGUACUUUCUCAACCGCUUGCUGACCUUAUGGCCCAUAUACCUUCGCCAAGUGCGUACCUAUCAGAACAAAAUACUGAAAAAUCACAUAGCGCAAUCGAAUUAGAACGAAUGCAUACUAAGGAACUAAGGCGCAUUUUGAAUAAGGUUGACGAAAUGCGUAGACAGAGGAACGAAUUGCAUGCAAAGUUACGAGAUUCAAUUUCACAAGAUGAUCUAACACGAUUACUAGUUACUGCCACGUCCGAUUCUGGACCCCUGGAUCGUUUAUUUGCAGAUCAACUAAGUAAACAUCAAACUCUAGUAACAUUGAUAGACCAAAAUCUUGCUGCGCAAGAUAACAUCUUAGCAGCUUUAACAGAUGCAUAUGCCCAAACUGCUAAUGUACGAAAAGGAGUCGAAGAAAUAUUAAAACGCCGAGAACAUACUAUUUCUUCUUUGAUUGCGUCUUACGAUGCUUAUGAAGACCUAUUAGCAAAGUCUAGCAAAGGUCUUGAAUUUUAUAGGAAAUUAGAAAUAAAUGUCUCAAAAUUACUUCAAAGAGUGAAAAGCACUUGUAAAGUGCAAGAAGAAGAACGUGAACAAAUACUUGCACAGGAUAGCAAUAAAAAUUCUCAAGAAAGGAUUGAUACAACAACAGCCGCUAUUUAUGAUCAGAGUCGAAAUCGAACUGGUAGUGGACUUAAGUUAAAGGAUUAUUUAAAUAGUAGGCAGGAAAAUAUUCAAAAUCAGUAUUAUAAUGUAUAUAAAGAGCAAGGUAAACAAGUUCAGAUAGAUGCAGCAACAAAGUCAUACUUGAAUGACACAGUGAAUAAAAAUGCAAUGCAUUCUAGUGGAGUGACUACGUUGGAUGCAAUGUCGUCUACGAAAUCUAUGCAGCAGUAUUAUUCUACACCAUAUACGGAUUACAAAACGAAUGUACCCUAUACACAUGAAAUUUCAACAUAUAACGAAAAUACUGCUUUAAGCCAAAACUAUAUGCAAGUAAAUAGUUCAGAUACUGUAAAUACUUAUCCACAAGCAAUUGGGACGACAGCAAACACUGCAGUGCAGUAUCCAGUAAAUUCUUUUGUAUCCAAUGGACAAUUUUCUACAGUUUUAGAUGGACAGCAUAAGUAUUCUGCUAAUCCUCAAACACUUUAUAACUAUCCUACCAAUACAUUACAAUAUGAAAAUUACCAACCUUCUGCUGAUUAUACUGGAUAUAAUAUUGCACAGCAAUAUCCUCCUAAUUUUGAUAAAACUGCUAGUACUAGUGUUACUAAAGCUGAGAUACCUCAAACAUCGAUGACACAAACGUCUGCGCCUCUAGCAACUACAGUUAAUAAAACAACAGAUGUACAAGCACAGCUUUAUACUACUCUAGCUCAACAAGGGCAACAAUAUAUACCUGAAUCGCAACAAAAAUUUGUUUCUCAAGAAUCUGUUUCAACUAUCAGUCAACAUGUAUUACCAGUGGAUAAUACUCAAAUGCAAAACUAUAUCCUCCCUCAAAUUAGUCAAAGUGAAGUUUCAUGUACUCAAAGUUAUAUUGGUACAAUGUAUUAUAAUCCAUCCGAGUUACAUGCUCAACAAGUCACAUCGAAUCCAAGUACAUCCGAAACGACUAAUAUUCCUGCCUCUAGCCACUAUAUGCAAACACAAUAUAUGAAUACAAGCAUUCCUCAACCUGUUUACUCUACUACUUCUUUAACUCUUCCAGUAAAUAAUAUGGGGACUUCAUAUUCUUCUAACUUGCACAGCUCCAAUACUAUACAAUAUCCACAGCAGAGUAGUACAGAACAAACUAAACAAAUUUAUACAGAUAAAGUAUACCAAUAUGGAUCACAAGUAUCAGCUAGUGACACCACUUUAACUUACCCUAAUACUUAUCAUGGUUUACAACAUGCCAGUGUUUCAUAUACACAAACUAUAUUACCUACAGAUACUUCUAAUACAUAUGCAUACUCAAAUUGUUCUACUAAUACAGAAAUAAUUCAAAGUCAUACAAAGCCUUUGGCAAGUAUGCAAAAUUACACACAAGCAUAUCAGUACCCACAACAGUACCCUGGGUAUGGUGGUUAUUCUCAUGUAUACAACCAAGGAUACAAUUAUAUCCAAGGAAAUCAAAUAACUAUGCCAGUGACAGAAUCUUAUAAAGGCCAAAUGGGAUACACUUAUAAUUCCACCAAUCAAUGUUAUGAAUACAAUCCUAGUAAUGUUCAAACUUCACAAUCAAUUCAAGUAUCACAGCAAUCUUCUGAAUCAACACUGCAAAUAAAUACCGGCAUUAACAAUGUAUGCCAACAACAAGAAAGUAGUGCGAGAUACACAAAUGCUAGUAAUAAUUCUAUGGUUAGUCAAACUCCAUCUUCUCAAUAUUCAGAACAAACUUAUCAGCCUCAAGGUGUAGCUGACAUUUAUUACAGUACACCAUAUGGUCUCCAAAUGCAAAGUACUCAAGCAUCCUCUAACAGAAAUGAAAACUACACUAAUUACAAUCAAACAUACAUGCAAGCUGCUAACAAUGGGACUAAUACAACGACAAGCGCGAAUCCUACUAAACCCGCUACAAUGUCAGAGAAAUCUAAUGUGGACUUGCUUGCUGACCUUGAUGUCACUAUAAAUCAUGCACCUUUAGUACCAGAAGUACGUCCUGUCAUACAUAAAAGCAAUGCACAAGACGAAGCUGUAAUGAAAGAUACGACAAAAGAUGAAACGAAAGAUACUGCUAGUGAAGAUGAUAAAGUAAAAUCGAAUGACACUACUACUGUCGAAGAUAAGACGGAAAACGAGAAUUUGCAGAUUGUAUGGGAUACGUGGUACAAUGACGUGCAACCUAAAAAGGAUCCUUUAGGGGAUCCAGUAGCAUUGCAGAAGUUUAUAAAUGAGGUUGAAAAGUAUGAGAAAUUUGUAGAUAGCUUACUUGUUAAAACAUUAAGUGGAGCAACUAAUCUUGAUAUAAAAUGGAAGGAAGUCCAAGAAUUUGAAGAAAGGGAAAGUGGAAAACAAUCGUGUACAGUAGCGUUAGCUCAUUCUUCGGAAAAUAGAGUAAUGGAAUGUAUCCCAUAUGACACAACAAAGGUACAAAUAUCGUCGACAGAUAUUCCAAAUUAUAUUAACGCUUCUCAUAUAAUGGAAAUUACACAAUGGAUACCGACAGCAUUUAUUAUUACUCAAGCACCAUUGCCAGACAAAUUAGAAGUAUUUUGGAUGAUGAUAUGGGAACAAGAAAGUGAAAUAAUUGCAUGUUUAGUAUCCGAUGCACAAUUAAAUGGAGAGAUAUACUGGCCUAUAAACGAAGAAGAUAUUCUGAACAUUGGUAGCUUUACGAUAUCAUUAAAAAAGAGAGUAAACCAUGUAUGCUACGUCCAAAGGGUUAUUUCUGUGCAUAAUACUAAAAAGAACUCAGAAAAGACUGUCGUGCACAUGCAAUUUCUCACAUGGCCUUCCAAUGGUUUUCCUAGUAGUCCAGGUGCACUGCUUACUUUUUCAACGGAUGUAAUGACAGAACAAGCACUGAGACGUUGUACAAAACCAGUGGUGGUGCAUUGUUUAGAUGGUGGAGCACUAAGCAGCUUAUUCCUAGUAGCAGCAGCUACAGUAUGCCAUAUACGUGCAGGUUGCGGAAUAGUCAAUGUACCUCUUGUAUUCAAGGGUCUUCUGAAGUGCCGUAAACAAAUUGUAAAUAAGGAGUCCUUGUUAUUCGCGUAUCAGUUGGUAUUAUACCACGCUCAAGACAUUUUAAUGAAACGUGGAAUUUUAUCGUCUACUCGCUCGACAUUUGAAAAUUUCGAAGGAUUAAAGGGAAAUAAGGACAAAACAUCAAGGAAGAUGCAUCCUUCUGAUGAUUUCCUUCAAACUCUUGGCAUAAAUACCCAACGAUCAGAUGUUGACCAAGGUCGACAAAAAGCUUCUACUGCUAAUUCAAUACAUUCAACUACGACGUCGAUUCAAGAGAAACCUAAAGAAGGAAUAAUCGAUCCGCUAAGUCAACUGGAUCCUCUAUGGUCUAUUAGAAGAUAAUCAAAUAAAUUUGCACCAACCAAUAAAUUUAUUAUUUAAAUGAA